CACAAGCACGUUCUGACGCAGGUCAUCGGUUCGAUCCUCUUUGCAAUCUUCCACCUCCUGGGAAUCGUCAUCCUCAUGAACAUGCUGGUCGCCAUCAUGAGCGAUUCCUACUCAAACAUUGUCGGACAGUCACUAAUCAAAUGGAAAUUUGCCAGAACGCGAAUCUGGUUGAGUUAUUUGUACGAGGGAAGCACCCUACCUCCCCCUUAUAACAUCUUACCUUCGUCUAAA